AUGAGCAGAGAAGCCAUCGCCCUCGAGCCCGAGGCGCCGUACUGGCUCGGCGGCGCCGUCGAGGUCACGCCCCACGUCACCGAGGCGCUGGCCACGGGCGGCGCCGCGAGUCCGUUCCUCGCGCUCGACUACGCGCCCGCGCGCAAACGAGAAGGUCCACGCCGAUCGUACGGCGUCGACACGCACCCCGUGCGCGGCUUCGAGGUCGUGACGCUCUGCUUGGAAGGCGAGGCGCGCGACGCCGGCGGGCCGAUAAAGGAGGGCGACGUGCGGUGGCUGACUGCUGGCCAGGGCGCGCUCGUUGAAGGAUUAGGGAGCCCGGCGCGAGCUCACAUGGAUCCGGCGUUGUAUAGGUUGCGGGUCAACGUGCCGCGGGACCUCAAAAUGAGCCCGCCUAGAUUGCAGCGGUUUGAAGCGCGGGACGCGCCCGUUGUCGCCCUUGGUGAUUGCAUGUUACGAGUCUACGCCGGCGACGUUUGCGGCGUCGUCGGGCCGGUCGAGCCCGAGGUCGACGGCACGCAGUUGUACGUGGUGGACGGAAGUGGUCAAGUCGACCUGCCUCUGGAUGGCGAGGCGACGGCGCUCAUGUUAAUAGUAAGGGGGACGUGCACCGUCGAUGGCGUCGUUUUCGGCGCGAACCGGGCCUUCUACGCGCCGCCCGGCGAGGCCUCUAUGCAAGUAACGCUGGCGGCGUCCACAAAGCUCGUCGUGGCCCUCGCCCUUCCGACGACGGACCCCGUCGUCGUCGGCGGGCCCUUCGUCAUGACGUCCGCGACUGAAAUCGCGCGGGCCUACGAGGACUUCCUCCACGGGCGCUUCAACGCGACGGGCGGGCGCCCCGAGGCCUACGCGAGCGACUCGGACUCGUCGGCCGUCGAGUAG